AUGAAAACAAAUAUAUCAAAAUGGAAUAUAGCUCAAAUAACUUCUACCAUUAGAUCAGAAGUCAAUCCCGCAAACUACUAUUUAAGUAAUGCUCCAUUGUUUUCUAGUAGAAGACUAAAUGAUUUGGAUACUCAAUUUAAAAAAUUGACUCAAAAAGAAAAGAACUUGAUACCAAUUAAUUUCAGCGAGUCAUUGGAUAAAAGUUUUGAUAAAAUAAUAAAAUGGAUAAGAUACGAUUCAAAAUUACCAUUAAAAUCAAAUAACAGUUACCAAAUUAUAGUAAAUAAAAGAGAUCCCAAAGAGUUUAAUUUUUUGUUAUCCACUUUAUUUAGAUCUUUGUUUAGGACUAGGAUAAAUGAAAAGCUUUCUGUUAAUUUCAACAUGCUUCCUACUAAUGGACAGGAUGCAUCAAAUCUUUAUGUGAAGUCACUUAAUCCAAUUGAUCAUGCCGAUUUGAACAUUUCAAACAGAAAUUCAUUUUUUUCCAAACUAGUUAGAUUGCAAUUGUUUGACUUGAAAAAAAGAGACAUGGAUUAUAUAAAUGUUUAUUGGCCUAAGCAUAAAAAAGAUCUUUCUUUAGUCAAAGCUAUUGGUAUAGUAAAAGCUAAAUCCAAUUUAGUUGAUAAAUAUAAACAAGUUUUCAUCAAUGGGAUUUCUUAUCCCCUAGUAAAGCUAAAUAAUAUUGAUUCGAAUAAUGUCGAAGAUGAGUUCCCUCAAAUGGGGAAAAAAAAUGAAGCAGUUUAUUACUCAAAGGAUGGCAUUGGUAUAAUCCCAUCAAGGUUUAUUUCGCAUUCCAAAUACUUACCGGCCUACAAAUCCAUAGAAUAUUUUGGAAGAAGUUCAGCAUUGGAUGACUGGAAGAAAAGAGAGAAUUUUGAAAUAUUGGGGGAAUUGCCCGGUAAAAGUGUUUUAUCCAAAAAACUAAUAGUUUGUAAAAAAGAUGCCACGGAUAAUGAAAUAACAGGUCUUGAUCAAAACAAAAACGGUAUUACCAUUUUAAAUGCAAUUAAUGAAUUAUCUUUGAGUUAUAACUUAAAGGAGAACACUGCAGAUGCUAUUAGGGGGUUACUUUUGUCACCGAAUUCUUAUUUUUAUGAUACUAUGAAGGCCGAUCUUGAGACGCCUAACGAUAUCAGAUAUAGAUUUAUAGGGCUAAUGAAGGGGGAGCGUGCUAAGCUAGUAGUUUUGAAUAACUGGUUUUAUACAUUUGAAAAUAAAUUUUUGUUUUAUAUUAAGAAUAAUAAGGGGAAAGAUAUAUUGAAGCUUAGCACCAUAAUGAAAAGCAAUAACCUAAAAUUCUGGGAUGUUAAGAUAUUGCAGGAGUUGGAAAAGUUUGAGCAGAAAUGUAUUGAUGACAUUGGCAAUGAGAAACAAUAUAUUGAUGAUUUUUUGUAUAAUUUAAACAUAUAUUUUACAUUUAUUGCAGCAGAAUGGAAAAUAUUUGAUGAAAGAGUUUUUGUUGAUAAUAGUAGAAGAGAAUGGUUAAUUUGUAGGAUUAGUUUUAUAAUUUUUGAAAAACUAGUGACAAACAAAGAAUUUGUGAACACGUACCCAUCUUUAUUGUAUGGAAUUUCCAAAAAAAUUAAGUGGUUGGGUGAAAAGUUUCCAAGUUUGUUAAAAACAAAAGAAGAUGAAAAAGUAUUAAGCAGCAUAGAGUUUGAUACAAAUGCAAUAGAAUAUUGUAUUUGGGAUAUAAUUGGACCUUUGUUGGAAAAUGAAUGUAGGGUAAUAAAAGAGUGCAAUGGUACAGGGGAUGGGAGUAAUCGUGAGCCAAUAACUAAAAACCAUUGUAUAGCUAUCGGGUUACCAGUUGAAGUGUACAAUGCUUUGAUCGAUUUAGAUUACAAUGAAGAUUUGAGAAUGAUGGAUGUUAUUCCCUUCCUAUCAGUGGCCAAUAUUACCAUUACGUGCCUAGAUGGAGUAGAACGCGUGGAACCUAUCAUUGGAUUAAAAAUAUCGAAUAUGAUGUUAGAUAAUGGGACCAUGAUUACCAUAUUUAAGAAGUAG